AUGGUAGGGGGUAAACGUCAGAGCUCCACCUCGUUCAAGGGCAAGCCCAAGGGGCCUGAGAAGCCUUCCUUCAAAACGGCUAAGUUGAAUGCUAAGGGUGGCAAGGGGAGAUGGAAUAACCCCGCUAUCCGCGCGGCUAAGCGUCGACAACAUAAACAGCAGUUGGCUAACUUACCUCCUGAGGAAGCUAAGGCGAGACGAAGUGAAGAGAAAAUGGCAGCGAGCCACCAGCCUAAAUCCAAGCAAGAAGAGAUCAAAUUGGAAGUUCACAAGGAGACUGUCGAACCGGCGGAUAUCAAAUCGUUGGCUGGUUCCAAAUGGUUUAAUAUAGCUGUACAAAAACGAGCUUUGAAGAGUAAAGAAACUUCUGAUGUAAAUAUUGAGGAACUUCACAGCGAAGCGGAGGAAAUUUACAACUCAACUUUGGCGAGAUUCGAAUCGCUAAUGAGAAAAGAUUCCGAACAGUCGUGGCUGAGGAAAACGGUUCGAGUGGGAACGCUUUCUGAUAGGGUGACAGCGCUGGUGACACUGUCACAAUUCUGUCCCGUUUUGGCGUUACCACAACUGAGAAUUUUACUCGCAAUGUGCAGUAAAAAGGCAGCUCGCGAGGUUCAAGUCGGAAUCGAUGCGAUGAAGGAAUUGCUGUUGACGGAGUUCUUGCCAAAAGAUAGGAAAUUGAAAAGCUGGUCUCAGCAGAAGAAUGAGUUGUCCAAUUUACCAUCAAAACCACACGAACGUCGACUUUCAUUGGUGCGUAUUUACUUCGAAUCUGAACUGCAAAUUUUGGUGGCGGCAUUUGUCCAAGUAUUGCAUCGCGAGAUAGUGGUCGCUGGCAGUGCUGAUGGUUCACAGCAGCACUUGAGGAAAAAAUGUUUGGCAGUUGCACACGAUCUACUUCACGCUCGUCGUGAGCAAGAGUCUGCGUUGCGAGCUAUGUUGGUCUCGGGCCUUACAACUAAGGAUUCCACUGAAGCGGAGAGAUUAUUACACAAAUUGCUGAGAGAACAGCCUAGGCUGAAAACUGACGUGGCUGAAGAAGUGAUUCAUCAACUCAUCGAAAAGGGUCCUGUACAAGAUGACCGUCGCGCCAUGGGUCAUCUCUAUCGCGGCUGUGCGUUCUUAUGCUCUAUGAGACUCACUCACACUGAAGAUGGUGAUGUCGCUGUACUCAUCGCGGAGACGUUCGCAAAGUUAUUGGAGAAAAUGUUGUCGAGUGAAAUGCAAGGUCCGAGCAAAAUGAUGCGCCCUGCGCAUCGCGGUAGUCGAGUUCAUAAACAUAAGAAGAAUAGUGAGGGUGGUCCGAAUCAAGAGGAUGCACAACAACGAUUGAGAAUAGUGCGAUUGUGUCUAAGUGGAUUGCAUAAGGCUUUCACAGUCGCUGAUGAAUCGCUGGUCGAAGCGCGACUCUCUGAAGAUGCGAUGAAUGCUAUAUUGCGUUUAUCGUAUAGCAGGUCUGCUGAAGUUCCACCAGCUGCUCGGAAUGCGGCGGUGAUGCUCUUGAUUGAGAUUACUAGAGCUCAAGCUAGAGGAAGUAGUCGAAGUGAUGAGGAGGCUGAGUUGGAAACACGGUGUUGGCGUGCGAUCUACCAUCAUGUUCACUCACUCGAGUCGCAAUCGGCGUCGAAUUAUGUACCACUGCUGCAAAUGGUUUGGGAGCUGAUGAGCGCGAAGUCGACUGAGCCUAUCUUGGCUACUGCUACUGCUAGAAGGCUACUACAAUUGGCUUCCAUGACGGUCGAACCGGGUAUGUCUGCUGUAGCUGAGCAUGCAUUGGAUUUGAGUUUACCUCGCUCUGAGGAAUUGCAGAAAUUGAUAGAUUGGCAAGCUAUUGAGGGCGAGAAGAAAUAUGAUGCUGUGGAAAGAGACCCCAGGCACAGCGCGGCGCUUGAUGGGUCGAAGUGUUGCUGGGAGUUGCUGCCAAUGAAACAUCAUUACUGUCCGGGAGUAGCAGACAAAACUGGCAUAAGGAAAACGGCUCGAGACACCAUUGAAGUGAAUUCCUUCCCGAAGGCGCUGGCCGGCUUGUGUAUGAAUGUGGAGGAGCAGGAGGAGGAGGAAGGAGGGCAAGUUGCACUGCCGUGUGUGCUUCGAUAUUACAACGAUCCUGUAGUAGUCGCUAUGCGGGAUGAACGCAAGAGGGCGAGCGAGAAGAACAGGGAAGAUUACGUUGGUGUUGAAGAUGAAAAUGAAGGAGAAGAGGAGGAGGAGUUCUUUGAAGCUGCGGCCAAUGAAGAAAUGGGCGAUGAUAUGCCGGAGGAUGAGGAAGAGUCAGAAGAUGAGGCUCUGGCUGCGGCGCUUGCUGAGGAGGAGGAUGAUAGUGAGGAGGAAGAUAUGGGCGACUUUGAUGAAGAUGAUGAGGCCGCUUUCGCUGCUAUGGAUGGUAUUGGCGCCGACCAAGAAGAGGCAGAGGAGGAGGAGGUUGUUGAUUCCCCCUCAUUUAAGAAGUCGAAGAACCCUCGCAAGCGUCUCCGCGAGCUCAUGGCUGGCGGUACAUUUGUGUCGGCUGAUGAGGUCGCCGACCUCAUUGCUGCGGACAGCCAGAAAAGUCGUCGUCGCCGAUAGUCGCUACUUCGUCAAACGUUUACCAAC